CCGAACCACGCCGCCUGACCGGCGUUGCCACGGCUAUCCCAGAACGCAGAAAAAAAAAAAUAAUAACCCUACGAGGCCCUUGCCAAAAGACUCUGAGACAUUUGCAGGGUGGCCAGCUGGACAAACCCGGUACCAACAGGACUGGAGGCGAAAGGGAGGCACCGGAGACAAUUCGACAUGCCACUCCACCGCAGGGCCUCGGACCCAGACCACUUCGUGAACACUACUAAGCAUGGCCUCCACCAACCGCAACUGAGGCCUAACUUCGGCUGUUAAUCACUACCUCACCUCCCUGUACCAACAAAUCGCCCGCCCUUGUCUUCUUCUUCUUUUUCUUCCUCCUCCUCCCAACCGCCUCCUCUCUUCUCCCUUCACCACUCUCAUAGCUAUACGGCCUGGAUCUUCGGCCAUGAGCGACGACUCAGGUGUCCUCUUUGUGGGUUCUCGCCCAAGAAAGAGAACUCACCGUGAAAUGUCCGAUACAUCUUCCGAGCGCCUAUAUACCAGUACUUCGUCCUCUUCAAGAACUCCUGGGCCGUCGUUGCCACCGCUUCGGAGGUACCCGGGGGAUGGCCUCGAUCUCCGUCGGCCGGUUACAUCGGCCUCACCGCAGAUGGAUGAAGUGAUUGAUUUGACCAACGAACCUGAUACCCCCGAACAAACUGCCCAACAGCAACCACCUUUCCCAGCAGAGAGUUCUCGCCGUCCACACUCGCGUCCACGUCCACGUCCACCACGGUUCCCCAGGGACAUCCUGACGGAGGUGGUAGAUCUGGAGGAAGAAUCCGACAAUGCCAAUCAACCUGAUUCCCCGGGCAGCCCCGAAGUCCAAUUUGUAGGAGCAACGGUUCUGCGGCCACGGCCACGAUUGCAGCCCAUGGAACCACAACCGCCGCCGCUGCCCCCUUUUGAUCGAAUGCCCCCCCGCAACAUAUGGCGCGACGUGCUGCAACUUCAGACUCCGUUUCAUCGACCAUUACCUUUUGGCGAGCAGUUUAGACCAGAUGUUGCAUACAGAGGGUUUCGCAGAACACUUCCUCCGUUGAGUGAAGUGGAGUCCUUGUGGCUCGGCGACGGCCGCGCGGGCGCUAUCGACUUGACAAUCAACCUGGAUGUGGACGGGCCAUUAGGUCUGGACUACCAGCUUACGGGCGUGACGCCAGAUAGAGGGCCUGCAAACUCUUACAAGCCACCUACUCCGCCACCGGAGGGGUUCACCCGAAACAUUGAAGAAGACGAUGUUGUUAUAUGCCCCAACUGUGAUCUGGAGCUGGGCAUCGGGGACGAAGUAAAGCAGCAGAUUUGGGUAGUGAAGCAAUGCGGACAUGUUUACUGCGGCGAAUGCGCCUCUAACCGGUCGCUCUCGAAGGCCAAGAAAAACACAUCGAAGACGAAGGCUUUCUCUAAAUGCCAGGUGUUUGGGUGUGGCAAGCCCGUGAGCUCACCCAGGUCGAUGUUCCAAAUCUACCUGUAACGGAAGAUGCUCCCAAAUCAGGAGUUCGUAUAAUAAUCGCAUGGUGGUGGCGCAAGGCCGGGGGCCUUCUUUAUCUAUUCUUCUCUUCGCGAUCUUCACGAUCAGCUAUUUCGAUACCCUCAUUGCAUUUGUUUCGGUUGGUUGGGUUUCUGGUCGGGGUUCAUUCUUUAUAUUUAUAGCAUAGAGUGUUUUGGGUAUACGGUGCACGGAUGAUUUCGGUGGUCCACGUGAUUAAUGACAACUGCUCGCCAGCAGACGACGGCGCUCCACAUCAAGGGGAUAUCAAUGAAGACAUUCUGUACAUAUGAUACAUAUAAUUUAACCAAAGACAGAGUCGGGUUCGCAA